AUCCCUACGUGAACGAACACGGUCUUACCUGUGUAAACACAGGUGAAUGAUAUGUAAACAUUGGGGGAAAAUAAUGGCGUGUGGCAGUUAGUCGCCGUUUUUUCACCAAGGUAAUAAAUCGUUAGUCAUGGCAAGUUUUGAAAUGCGGUAAACACCACGUCAUUAUGGCACCGAAACGCCGUCUGCCGCAGACCUUCCCGCACAAAAUAACCCUCGUGAUCUCAUUGGUCCUAUGUCUUUGUGCAUGCGCGUGCAUUGUCCUCGGCGUCAUCAGCUUGACCUACCAUCUAUGGGGAUACAAUUUUGCAACCGGAUUUUGGACCGGAGGCGUUAUUCUAUUGGCGGGAAUGUUUGGCAUAGGCUGCAGCUGCGCUAGAAAUACAUGUUCGGUAAAAACGUUCAUGAUUAUUUCAAUAUUUGGAUGCCUCGCAUCCUUGGGGAUGAUUGCAUUGUCCUGUGGAGGACUUGAUGCUUCUAGCGGCUUUUAUCAAUAUGGACAAGUAAACCAUUCGCUCACACAUACAGUUCACGCUAUCAACCUCGGUCUUGGAAUUCUGCAGUUAGCCCUGUGCGUUUUGUCCGAUGGUCUAUGCUUUUACUAUUUGUUUUACGAACAAAAUAGUGUGAUGUAUAGAGUUGGUAGCACCAGCAUGAUCGUCAAUAAAUCACGCAAAGGUAGUUCAAAACACUCUAGGGUAAAAGAUAGAUCCAGCAACGGAAGUGAAAUGCCAUUAAUGCAAGCUGUGUCCGAGAAUCGCAAAAACAGCAAAAUAAAAUCUAAGACGGAAGCUGCAGAUAGCUCCAAUAAUGUAGAUACUGACUUAAUGGUUGUAUACGCUACCAAUGAGCGUCAACCACUGACGGUCAGCUCACUUCGUCAGCAGGAAGCGGAAAUGGCCUCAGCUUCUCCAUCUAACAGGUAUUCCGGUGUCACAACGUUUGGACAUCUGUCUAUCCUCGGCCCCGAUCAGGUAUCGCUAAUUGUUCACCCAAAUGACGAUAACGCAAGUGUGGCAGACACUGUCAGGACACACACGCCGGACCCACUCCGGUACAACUCAGGCCGCACUAAUAUGCAUACCGAAAAUCACUAUGCACAGACGCUUUUAUUCGAACCGCCUUUGCCAAUCGAGGAAGACGACGAACUGCCCCCGUACGAAGCCGUAGAUUCGCGAACGUCGGGGAGUGUGGUGUCGGACAACACGCCGACUAAGUUCUCUAUAAAUAUUCAGCGCAGCAUGAGUCUGCCGUCUCGAGGUAGGAGACAAUCUGAACGACGAGAACGCACGUCUUUGAGAUCUAACAUCCCAGCCGGUAGGCGCGAAAAUUUCGCCCCGGGCAUCGCAGACACAUUCGAAGUUGCAAACAAAAAGUUGAAAAACGUUCCCGAAGUUCCUACUCUGCACGUAAGUCGGUCCGCUCAUUUGCUCCAAAAUACCACCGACUUUAACUGUGAUACGCAAGAACAUCCGGAUGGAAAUGUUAACACUCAGGGUGUUCUUCGCAGAAAGUUUGAUUAUUUAGAUAAUAAAAUUCCAGAUUUGGGAGUGACAUUAAGAAAUGCGAAGUCGCAAAGUAUGUACAACGGUAGAGAGAAGCGUUUAGACCGCAGACGCCGGGCGUUGUCAGCUGAGAUCAAAUGGAAUAAGGACGUUAUGGAUUAUCAUGGUAGUUCUAUGAGCAGUGACGUAGAACUGCGAAGUAGGACUAGCUCUAUGGGAUCCGGUUCUAGUCUGUUUGCCGACAGCCGUUUAUCGGCGACCAAGUUUUCGCUGCGAACACCGAUGCGUCACAGCGGCACACAACAGGCGAACGUCCCCGUACCUGUUAAACCCCCGCAGGCAGGUAUGUUCAAGUCGCCCCCUCCUAAACCUCCCAGGACAUUUUCUUUUAAUGAGGAUGAUCUACAGGCGAAUGAUCGAGAACAUUCAAGCCACACAGAAGUGGAACAUGUAUUUGGUUGCAUUGAAGGUCUAAAAAAUGCUAUUUACACUGUUCCCAAGGACACAACUGUAAUAGCAGUGGAACACUUUGAUAAAACUGCCAUCACUGAUUCAAAUCUGAAUUUUACUGCCUUUGAAGAACGAAGAAACGAAAACGCGCUUACAACUUCUAAUGCCGUUGCAGUGCUGGACUCUGGACCCGUAUUGCAGUGUGUACAACUUCCGAGUAAAGAAACUGUUCAACAAAAGUAUGCGUUCACUGCUAUGACUGUCCCAACAUCGCCCGUUCUUAUUCUUUCGUCAGAAAAAAACGCGAAGCAUUCACUGGAAAAGAAUAUUGAUAAAAAGAAAAUUGAAAAUGUAUCCAAGCAAUCUUCAGCAGAUAAUGAAUAUAAGUCUGCUGUUAGCGAAACAGCUGUUAUCUCGCCUUUAUCCCCCGGAACAACUAUUAAGAAAUCGAGAAAGUUGCUGUUCUCAUUCUCCAAUGACAACAACGUUAGUGUCUUCGAUCCCAGUCCGGACCAUGAUAACUUAACAAGGGAUGAGACUGAGUGUGUAUUUGAAAUAAAAGAAGAAAUAUCUGUAAUACAUCAUCAGCAGGAGCUGAUCAAUCAAACGAGAAUUCCGUCCUCGAGUGAGACUGGGGAGUUGAAACGGCUGUCGGAGAAUCAGUCUGGUGGACUGCAGAAUAUCACCAGUGACCCACAGAAGCUUAAAUCGGUCGAAAAAAACAGCCAUGACACAAAUGCCAACAUUGAAUCUUUGAGUAACCUUCGCGUUCGGCUUCCACCACUGUCUCCUUUAGAGAGGAUACUCCAACGGAAGAAUCUUAACAGUAAUAUUGAGUUUGGUGAAGACAGUUCGCGACCUAAAAUUCACAAGCCAGACGCACCGAAGGUUCUUAAUGGAGCGAGGCCAAAAUACAAACUCUCUGAAUGUAAACCUACUUCACUUCGAACAGAGCCUUCCCCUGGAAUUAAAAAGUAUGGCAAUAUUACCGCGAACUUGCCUGUAACACACAAGUCGCAAGGCACAGCACAAUUCAGAAACCGCGAAAAUCGGAACUAUGCGAUUCCAACGACAUCAAAAAAGUUUCCUACAGAUAAUUCAUAUGACCCUGUAGUGUGUUCCAUCUCGGAUUCCGGAAUGGAAACAUUGUCUGCUGGGUGUUUACCUUCGGCCAUAUUGCGUUCUCAAGCUGCAGAAGCGCCGCGAGUUGUUUCGCCAAUCCCAAACGUAUCGUUCAGUCCACAGGAUGUGAUUCGGCCCAGCGACAGCGUGGAUUCUCAAAACGUCCAGGGCGUGCUUCGUCUGCCGCAGUCGCAGCACGCGCGUCUUCUGUCGAAUCAGGAGCAUCCCGUUGCGCAUGCGCAAGACGUGGGAGACAAUAUCAAUGCAAACGGUGCUGUAAAUGUGCAACAUAACGACCGCCCUUUGUUUUCAACAAUUCUGUAGUGCUUUUUACUGGCAUUUACAAGUUUUAUUAUAUUUUAAUGCAAAAAAUACUUGUUCUGUUGAAUUUUAGUGCUAUAUAAUAGUAAUGGUAUGUUGUCAAUCUUAUUUAUAAGAAUAUGCCUGCAAUAUGCCUUAAGGUUCAUGGGGGGGGGGAUAAAAUUCAUUAAAACUUCGCUUUGGAUUUUCUUCAUUCAAUGUGGUACAAUAUGGUCAAACUAUAUAACAUUUUAAAGCUUAAGACGGAUAGAAUAACAUAAACACAUUUUUGACAUUCAAUAUUGGUGUGCUUUAUUCAUAUUUUGGUUUAAAACCAAUACAUUUUUACACUAAUUUACAAAAUCUCAAUCUAAAGUUAGGAAGAAUAUGCACUACCUUAAGUUGAAUAAAUACAAAGCUAUAUACAUAUACAAGGUCAAGUAAGCAACAUUUCACAGAAAAUUAUUGUCAUAAAACAACAAAUGAGUUUUUAUUCAACUGCCUUUUUGGGAUAAAUUUCCAAAACAAAGUUCUAAAAAUAACUAAAACGUAACUACUUUUUAAAAAUCCAGGUAUGGUGGAUAAUAGGAGUCACAAUUCUAUUUCAAAGGCUUAACAAUUUUGUUAUUUACCUCUCAAACAAAUUGCAAAUUUUUAAACCAUCUCAAAUUGAAAUAGAUUGCAGACGACAUUUAAAAUUGUAAAGGAAUAUAAAGAAAUUGGCAAACCGAUUGAUUUUAUAUUUCGAUUCCUUCUACCCAUUUUGAAAGCGUGGCCAUCGCUGUGCUCCGUAGAAAAACGUGCGAAACAAAUCGGUCGAAACCACGUGCAGUGGUUAGAAAACCGGGUAUGUGUAUACACAUACCUGAGAAAACACAUAACUUAUUUUGACAGUUGGGUGGCAACUAGUAAAACAACUAUUAACAUUAAUCAGCAAGAGAUCGCACUUAAUAACAGAAAUGACCACGUAGAGAUAUCAUCACUUACACUAUUUCAAAUUUUUUCCAGCUGAAAAUUGUCCCCCAAACGUCUUUUUUAGUUUAUUUGUAUUGUUUUUCUGGAGCCGAAGUGCAUCUCACAGAAUAUCCAUCCAACUUCCGUUGUUUUCACUUUCGUUAUUAAAAACUCCGUUUAAAAGAAUUAUUUCUACUUUUAGAUUGUUCAAGCGAUGUAUUAUUAUAUAUUAUCAUUAUAAUAGUAUACCGUGAUGAAUUGAACGGAGUUACGUAUCGAUCUUUCUGUAAGUCUGUAAGCGUACUAUUUUAUGCGCAUUUAUAUAAGUAAUGUGAUUCGACAACGAUUGUAAACAUUGGUGAAAUGCUUCUUACAUAGUUAUUCUUUUGAGUGUUUAUGAGGUCUGAUCGUGCAGUUUGCAAACAUCAACGGAAAGAUUACAAUCCAAUGCAUUUGUCAUCGUCAACCGUUUGGAAUGUCAAUUAGGCGAUGAGUGAGUUUUUAGCAUGUUUCUUUCUAUUUUAUUAAUUUAAAAAUGGCUGCCCCCAUGGCGAUGAAAUGACAUGUGUUCGAGUUUUGAUAUUUCUAGAUAUGUAAACCUUUUUUACUAUUGAAGCGUAACUUGCCCUCGUCAAUGUCGUUAUGUCGUUAUUAAUCACUAGUUAUAUAUUUUUCCGCCAAAAUACGUGGAAUAAACAUGAUUCAGAUUUUUGAAAAUAAUGUAUAUUUUAUUGUUAAAAUCGCUUUGUAUUUUGAUUGAUUUUGUGGAUGUUAUGAUACGUUGAUGUACAAAAUUGGUAGCAGUUUGAAGGAAAAACAUCCUUUAAAGCAUAUAUGUAUACAUUUUCAAUGUGGCAUUCUUCCUUUAGUCAAAUUUGAGUUCAAUGCUAGGGGUCCCACAUUUUUCAAAUUGAAGCCUCUACAUGAACCUUAAAUAAAAUGCACUCACCUUAGUUUUAGAGAAAUAUAUAUCUUAGUUUUAGAGAAAUAUAUAUAUAUAUAUAUAUAUAUAUAUAUAUAUAUAUAUAUAUAUAUAUAUAUAUAUAUAUAUAUAUAUAUAUAUAUAUAUAUAUAUAUAUAUAUAUAUAUAUAUCUGCCUGUUUCUUUGUACCGGACAAGAUUUCAUAUCCACCAGCCCAAGAAAACUAAAUAUAUCGCAUCUUUGUCAUUACUUGGCUAUGACAUGGUCAUACCUGAAUUCAGGAUCAAGUGUCGAUGCCAUUUUCUACACGUGAAGCGCUUCUACUAAUGAAUGCAUGCAGAUCUUGUUUAUUUAGCAAAGUCAUGUAACCUAUGACGCAGACAAUAUUGUUGCAUUGCACAGGAUUCUAAGCUAGAGAUCUAAUUAUGUUAUAGUAUCGUUUUUUUAUUAUACCCCCACAAACGAAGUUUAGGGGGUAUAUAGGAGUGAACUUGUCCGUCGGUGGGUCGGUCUGUCUGUCGGUCCGUAUUAAGUGUUCGCUCUCUAAUUCAAGUAGUUGUCAUCCGAUCUUCACCAAACUUGGUCAGAAGUUGUAUCUACAUGAUGUCUAGGCCAAGUUCGAACAUGGGCCUUGCCGGGUCAAUAACUAGGUCACGGGGUCACUUAGUGCGUUUUAAACAUUCAGCAUGUUGUCCGCUCUCUAAUUCAAGUAGUUUUCAUCCGAUCUUUACCAAACUUGGUCAGAAGUUGUAUAUAGAUAAUCGUAAGGACAAGUUCGAACAUGGGCCUUGCCGGGUCAAAAACUAGGUCACGGGGUCGCUUAGUGCGUUUCUUAACAUUCAAUAUGGUGUCCACGCUCUUAUUCAAGUAGUUUUCAUCCGAUCUUUACCAAACUUGGUCAGAAUUUGUAUCUACAUGAUGUCUAGGCCAAGUUUGAACAUGGGCCUUGCCGGGUCAAAAACUUGGUCACGGGGUCACUUAGUGCGUUUUAAACAUUCAGCAUGUUGUCCGCUCUCUAAUUAAAGUAGUUUUCAUCCGAUCUUCACCAAACUUGGUCAGAAGUUGUAUCUAGAUGCUCUUAAGGUCAAGUUCGAACAUGGGCAUUGCCGGGUCAAAAACUAGGUCACGGGGUCACUUAGUGCGUUUUUUAACAUUCAGCAUGGUGUCCUCUCUCUUAUUCAAGUAGUUUUCAUCCGAUCUUCACCUAACUUGGUCAGAAGUUUUAUCUAGAUGAUCUGAAGGCCAAGUUCGAACAUGGGCCAUGCCAGAUCAAAAACUAGGUCACAGGGUCACUUAGUACGUUUUACACAUUGAGCAUGGUGUCCGCUCUCUAUUUCAAGUAGUUUAAAUCCUAUCUUCACCACACUUGGUCAGAAGUUGUAACUAGAUGAUGUGUAGGUCAAGUUCGAACAUGGGCCAUGCCGGGUCAAAAACUAGGUCACGGGGUCACUUAGUGUGUUUUAAACCUCACCAUGUUGUCCGCUCUCUAAUUCAAGUAGUUCUUAUCCAAUCUUCACCAAAAUUGGUCAGAAGUUGUAUCUUGAUAAUGUCUAGGGCAUGUUUGAAUAUGGGUCAUGCCGGGUCAAAAACAAGGUCACGGGGUCACUUAGUGCGUUUUAAACAUCACAAUGUUGUCCGCUCUCUAAUUCAAGUAGUUUUCUUCCAAUCUUCACCAAACUUGGUCAGAAGUUGUAUCUAGAUGAUGUCUAGGUCAAGUUUGAAUAUGGGUCAUGCCGGGUCAAAAAUUAGGUCACGGGGUAUCUUAGUGCGUUUUAAACCUCACCAUGUUGCCCACUCUCUAAUUAAAGUAGUUUUCAUCCAAUCCUCACCAAACUUGGUCACAAGUUUUAUCUAAAUGAUCUCUAUGACACUUUUGAACAUGGGCCCUUCCGGGCCUAAAACUAUGUCACGUAGUGCGUGUUUUAACAUUCAGCAUGGUGUCCGCUCUCUAAUUCAAGUAGUUAACAACCGAUCUUCACCAAACUUGGUCAGAAGUUUUAUGGAGAUGAUCUUAAGGCCAAGUUAGAACAUGGACCUUUCUGGGUCAAAAACUAGGUCAAUGGGUCACUUAGUGCGUUUUAAAAAUUGAGCAUGGUGUCCGCUGUUUUUGUGAAGACGACAUGCAAAAUAUUAUGUGUCAAUGCGGCAUGUGGGGUAUUCGUCACGUCUGUGACAAAGCUCUAGUUUUUAAUUUAUUUAUUGAUGGUUUUUUUGUUUGUUUUUUACUAUAGGAAUAAGGUAUGGAUAUACUCGUUUAAAAUAUAUGAGAUUAAAACUGCGUUUGUAAUAUUUGCGUUUUCUGUUUCUGUGUCAUAUUAUUUGUAAAAGUCCGACUUCUUUUAUGUAAAUGGAAAUAAUUCGUAACUCAAGAACAAUAUGCAAAAAAAUUAUUAUUAUAAAUGGAAUAUUCACAUGUACAACGCUGAUUCAUUUCACUUCUAUUAAUACUUAUAGACCCAUGUGAACUAUUUUAAUGCUUGCUUUUAUUAUUAGCUUUGCAUGUAUGUGUUAAAGAAUCGCGUCAAUACAUGUGACAUUGGUCAACAUGUAACUUAAUGUAUUUCAGAGACCAAUGAAAUAAAUAUGUAUAGAAAACUUUUGUAUUUGACUUAGGCUUUGUUAAAUGUUAUUGUUACGUUAUGUUUAUAGCUGUUGUUUUUAGCUAAAGCGCUGGGGAGUAUGCUACUUCCAUUUUAUGUUUAGUAAUACGAAAAUAUUUUUAUAAACGAAGUGCUUUCGAAAGCAGUGUGAUUGAAUAAUACGACAAAGCAACUAUUAAACUGUUAAUGUGUGUCACAAUUACUGAACAAGUAUUACAACCAUUAUUAUGGAACACUGUUUUCCAAUGCAGCUGUUAAUUACUUUUGUAAUAGAGAUCUGCUAUGAUUGUUAUUGAAUUGUGUUAGCCGAUAUCGUUAUUAUUGAAGUUUGUUAUCCAAUAUCUUUCUUAUUGAAUUUUGUUACGCGAUAUCUUUAUUCUUGGACUAUGUUAUGCAAUGUCGAUAUUGUUGACUUUGAUAGCCGAUAAAUCGUUGUAAUGGAA